AAAAAAACAGAAGCAAAAAAUCUUAAGAUGGUGGGCAUGUGGUCUUUAUUCCGUGAGAUAGACCAAAGCAAGACCACAUGGGCUUUCAAGGCGAGAGCUAUUCGCGUUUACCGGGAGCCUGCACACGAUUGUUUUCCGGAGUCCUUGGAGGUCGUAUUCCAUGAUGAGGAGGGUUCAAAAAUGCAUGCAGACAUUCUCGACCAGUAUAUUAACAUGUUCAAUGGUCUAUUCAAGGAAGGUCGUGUUUCUGCGGUUAAAAAUUUUAUGGUCGAGGAAAACUACAUGUUCUUUAAAACUACGACCAGUGCCUAUCGACUGCGUUUCUUCAGCAAGAGCGUUGCAUUUGAGAUUAAGGGUGUUCCAUUUCUGGCAAGAACUUUCUCGCUGGUGACGUUCGCAUCGCUAAAAGCCAUGGACGCCAUUGAUGAGAAAUACGGAAUCGGUGCGCAAACAAUUUUGUAAAUUGACCCGUGUCACAUACUUUUCGAGUAGAUUGUCAUCUAAUUUAAUGUCUAUAUAAAGAUAUAAUUGGCCAAGUGGUACACGACAAGGACCCUAAGACGAUUUUAAAGAAUGAAAGACCAAGGAGGCUGAUGGAACUUAUUGUGGGUGACACGGAGGGGAACGUCAUAGCUUGCACCCUAUGGGGACCAAUGGUAGAGAUGUUGUUGACAUACAAGGUUACAACUUCAGAUCCAAUCGUGAUGCUACUCCAAUGUUGCUGGGCUAGGAAGUACCAAGGCCACGUCCAUGUCUCAAACAUGUUUAAAACCACCAAGGUCAUUUUGAAUGGUACCAAGGACGAAUUCGUGGAUUUCAGGUCUAGAAUGGGUGAAAGAGCGGUGCAGGGAUUGAGUUUCACUAUACAGUCGAACAACUCAAAUGAUGGAGACGUUGCAAAUGGGCAACAAGAAUUGUUGACAAUUGAUGAACUUAGCAAACUUCAUGAGGUACAAGGUGAACGUGAGGGUUGUUGAUGGCACGAACCACGCCUCCUUCUUGCUGUGGGACAGAGAGGUGUCCUGUUUGUUGGGCAAGUCUGCAGCUUCACUGAAAGACCAGAUAGCUAGGGUUUGUUUUUUUCUAUUUCUUUCCGUCUUAAUAUUCAUACUUCAAAACACCAACGUUCACGAUCGUUGUAGAGGAACUUUGGUCCGCAUCACUUUCCGUCAGAGAAAUUCUUUGAUCGAUACAAAGGCAUUGUUCCGGGUUCAGUUUAAAAGAGAGAGCAAAAACUACAAGGAAAACCUCACUUUCAGCGUGUUGAAGAUGAACACGGACCCAAAGGUCCUGGUGCUUUACAAUGCAAAGAUUAACGGAAUGGAUGAGGAAGAUGAGUUCACCAGGUUGGCUUCACAAUGUUCUGGGUCUGAAAAAGUGGUUUGGUUUACUAAAUUCAGUCAUUCGUUUCUUUUCAAGGCAUGUGUUUGAAAAGGUGUCCUAGGUCUUUGAAUUUCAGGCUGGAUCAUCGCAUGCCGCUAUGUAGUAGACCACGGUGUCUAGCCCACUAAUGUGCAAGGACAAAAGGCAGGUUCUGGAAGUUGACGUUGAGGGGGUUAAACGUGACUUAUUCGGAGAGUUGUCACAAACAUCAACAAAGAAACUCAAGAAAGUGAAGAUUGAAAAGGAGUGAAGAAGCUACUAAUUCUGGGGAGUAUGGAUUAGCAUGAUUAUGAUAUAUGUUUUGUUACGACAGUACUAACUGCUUAGUGUUUUAACUUAAGGGUCAACUAAGUAGGCAAAACAUGUACCCUAAUAACUGCCUUGAACUCGGCUACUAUGAGUUCCUGAUGGGUUGUGCAUUUUGUAAAAGUGGUCAGCUGUAGCUUAUGGUUAUGCUACCACCUCUCCAUCUAUCAAUGUUUUUUUAUUUCCAUGCCAUGUG